UGACUCCGUCCACCACCUUCUUUUCUUUGACGUUUCCUUUACGUUGCUGUUAGAUAAAGAAACUUAAAAACCCCCCCAAAGUGAACAACCAAACCAAACCAAACCAAAGCAUACAACACAAUGCAAUACUAAUAAUAACUCUCUCUCUCUCUCUCUCUCUCUCUCUCUCUCUCUCUUCUUCUCUCCACAUGUAAAGUCAUUUUGCCUCACAAAAACACAACAACCAAAAAAUAUACAUUCACACACACACACAUAGAAUACAUACAUAGUAUAUAGAUUUUGGUUUUGAUGAUGAUGAUGAUGAUGCUUUUUACUAAGAAAACUUGCAUGGAUUUUCUUAGAAAGUUUGUAGCUUUGGUUCUUGUUUUAGCAGUUUUGCAAUAUCAUCAAGUGGGUGCAAGGUUUGUGGUGGAGAAGAAUAGUAUAACUGUUUUAUCUCCCUCAAAUCUGCGUCAUCAGAAGCAUGAUGGUGCAAUAGGGAACUUUGGUGUUCCUGAGUAUGGUGGGUUCAUGGUUGGCACAGUGGUGUAUCCUGAGAAAGGGUCUAAUGGGUGUGAGGCUUUUGAGGGUGAUAAGCCUUUUAAGUCAUCAGACUCUCCUCGCCCCACUGUUCUUCUUAUUGAUCGGGGAGCAUGCUACUUUGCCAAGAAAGUAUGGAAUGGUCAACAAGCUGGAGCUGCAGCUGUAUUAGUGGCUGAUAGUUAUGAAGAGCCUCUAAUUACUAUGGAUUCUCCUGGGGAGAGCACUGAUUCAGAUGGAUACAUAGAGAAGAUUGGAAUUCCAUCUGCUUUAAUACAGAAAUCUUUUGGCGAUAGCUUGAAAGAAGCUUUGAAAAAUAAGGAAGAUGUUGUCAUAAGAUUAGACUGGAGAGAGUCAAUGCCCCAUCCUGAUGGGAGAGUUGAGUAUGAGUUUUGGACGAAUAGUAAUGAUGAAUGUGGGGUUCGUUGUGAUGAGCAGAUGAAUUUUGUGAAGAAUUUCAAGGGUCAUGCUCAGAUACUUGAGAAGGGGGGUUACACCCAAUUCACACCACACUAUAUAACUUGGUACUGCCCACAGGCUUUCACCCUUAGCAGUCAGUGCAAGUCUCAAUGCAUAAACAAUGGAAGAUAUUGUGCACCUGAUCCAGAGAUGGAUUUUGGAGUGGGCUAUGAAGGGAAGGAUGUGGUGUUUGAGAACUUGAGGCAGCUAUGUGUGCAUAGAGUUGCCAAUGAGACCAACCGGUCAUGGGUUUGGUGGGAUUACGUGACAGAUUUCCAUAUUAGGUGUUCCAUGAAGGAGAAGAAAUAUAGCAAAGAAUGCGCUGAAGAUGUGAUAAAAUCACUAAAUCUGCCCAUUGAGAAGAUUAAAAAGUGCGUAGGUGAUCCUUUAGCUGAUGUGGAGAAUGAAGUGCUAAAAAUUGAGCAAGAACGCCAGAUCGGACGAGGAUCUCGUGGUGAUGUUACCAUCUUGCCAACAUUGGUCAUUAACAACGUCCAGUAUCGAGGAAAAUUGGAGAGAACUGCCGUCUUGAAGGCAAUAUGUGCUGGAUUCAAGGAGACCGCUGAUCCUCCAAUUUGUUUAACUGGAGAUAUUGAGACUAAUGAGUGCACUGAAAACAACGGUGGCUGCUGGCGGGAUAUAAACACUAAUGUAACAGCUUGCAAGGACACAUUUAGAGGAAGAGUUUGUGAGUGCCCUAUUGUAAAAGGUGUUCAGUACAGAGGAGAUGGUUAUACAUCUUGUAAAGGGUUUGGGCCUGCAAGGUGCUCAAUAAAUAAUGGAGGUUGCUGGUCAGAAAGUAAAGAUGGACUGACUUUCUCAGCUUGCUCAGAGUCCAAGCUGUCAGGUUGUCAUUGUCCACAUGGCUUUCGUGGGGAUGGUCAGAAAUGUGAAGAUGUCGAUGAAUGCAAGGAACACCUUGCUUGUCAGUGUGAUGGUUGCAGCUGUAAAAACACUUGGGGUAGCUAUGAAUGCAAGUGUAAGGGGGACCAUCUGUAUAUAAAGGAGAAUGAUGCCUGUAUUGAAAGACGCACUUCGAAAUUCGGGUGGUUCCUAACCUUCCUGGUCCUAGCAGCUGUUGUGGGAGCUGGUCUUGCUGGUUAUAUAUUCUACAAAUACAGGCUCCGGUCUUACAUGGACUCAGAGAUCAUGGCUAUCAUGUCACAAUACAUGCCACUGGACAGCAACAACAAUAAUGAUGUCCGAAGUGAAGCUGAACCUUUACGACAAAGCUCAGUUUAAG